AGGGGAGUCCCGAUCGCCUUCGCGGCCCCGUGAGCUGCCGGGCACCCUGCGAAGCCAUGGGGAGGAUCGGGCUGCAGCUGCGCGCCACGCUGGAGAACAUCACCCGCCUGCGGGCCGAGGGGGAGGACUUCCGCUGGUACCUCAAGCUGAAAUGUGGGAACUGUAGUGAAGUUUCUGAAAAAUGGCAGUAUCUGCGAUUGAUGGACAGUGCUCCCCUGAAAGGAGGCAGAGGAAGUGCCACUAUGGUGCAGAAAUGCAAGCUGUGCUCCAGGGAGAACUCCAUUGUUCACAACAGGUACAUACUUGUCAUCAUGCUUAUGAAGGAGACAGCAAGACCUCUGGAUAUUUUAAGUCAGACAAUCAAACCUUACAAUGCUGAAGACAGUGAGAAAUUCAAAACGAUAGUGGAAUUUGAAUGCCGAGGUCUGGAACCCGUUGACUUUCAACCACAGGCAGGGUUUGCCGCUGAAGGUGCAGAAUCUGGCACACCUUUCAAUGACAUAAACUUGUUAGAAAAGGACUGGAAUGACUAUGAUGAAAAAACAAAGGAAUCUGUUGGAAUCUAUGAAGUUACCCAUAAAUUUGUAAAAUGCUAAAGUUCAUACCCCUAAUAAAUGUUUACAUGCUUAUUGAUGAAGGGGCUGUAACCAUCAGAGAUGCAGUUUCCUCGGAGUUACUUUUCACAUGGCUGUACUUGAGAAGUGGAAACCUAAGUUGUACUUACUGUUCCCAGGACGAACUAAUAAAAUAUUUUCCACAGAGCA